GCGCGCGAUGGGGCGCGGGAGUCCAUCCGGCGGGCAGCGCGCGGCGAGUGGACGCGCACGGCUGGCGGAACGCAGGCAGCGCCGAGGGCAGCCAGGCGAACGCUGGGGCUUCGGCGGGGCCUGUCGGAGGCGGGGCAGGAAGGCCCGUGCAGCGCCUUAGCCUCGCCGGGCGUGGGGAGGGGGCUCGGCCCGCGGUCCCCGCUGGGGGUGCCCCCCCACCCCAGGCCUCUUCAGAGGACACGUGUCAGUACGUUGUCGUCUCACCCCAUGUCAUAGCCCCUCCCCCAGGCCUGGAAUCCCCCGUCCGUCAGGCUCCAUUAUCCCCAGGCCCAACCCCCCGCUGACCCGCGCGCGGUCCCAGCCGGAUCCCUCUCCUCCCUGGCCCGUCUCCCUGGGCGGCGAGCGGCCCGGCGCCUGCAGAAGACACUCGUCAGCACGUUCUUACCCCUGUCAUCUCAUCCCUCUGCCUAACUCACCCCAGGCCUAGGGACUCCGGCCCAUUGUCCCCGGACCCAGCCCCUCGCUGACCGCAGGCUCGGCCCUAGCCCCCGCCCGGCGCGUCCCCCCCGGCAACGCGCCGCGACCCGGGAUGCAGCCCGCAAGCUGGGCGACCGUCAGGGAGGCGGCGGGCCGUGACGUGCUGGCCGCCGACCUCCGCUGCAGCUUCUUCGCCUCGGCCCUGCAGAGCUACAAGCGCGACUCGGUACUGCGGCCCUUCCCCGCAUCCUAUGCCCGCCACGACUGCAAGGACUUUGAGGCCCUGCUUGCAGAUGCCAGUAAGCUACCCAACCUGAAAGAACUUCUCCAGUCCUCAGGAGACAAAGACACAUGGGCCUGGGACCUGGUGAGCUGGAUUUUAUCCUCAAAGGUCCUGACAAUCCACAGUGCAGGAAAGUCAGAGUUUGAAAAGAUCCAAAAGCUGACUGGUGCCCCUCACACGCCUGUCCCCGUGCCGGACUUCCUGUUUGAAAUUGAGUACUCCGAGCCAGCCAACGCCAAAUUUUAUGAGACCAGAGGAGAACGAGACCUAAUCUACGCCUUCCAUGGGAGCCGCCUAGAAAACUUCCAUUCCAUCAUCCACAGUGGCCUGCACUGCCACCUGAACAAGACAUCCUUGUUCGGGGAAGGGACCUACCUCACCAGUGACUUGAGCCUGGCUCUCAUUUAUAGCCCUCAUGGCCAUGGGUGGCAGCGCAGCCUCCUGGGCCCCAUCCUUAGCUGUGUGGCCGUGUGCGAGGUCAUUGACCAUCCAGACGUCAAGUGCCAAACGAAGAAGAAGGAUUCCAAGGAGAUAGAUCGCAGGAGAGCGAGGAUCAAGCACAGUGAAGGGGGAGACAUCCCUCCAAAGUACUUUGUGGUCACCAAUAACCAGCUCCUGCGAGUGAAGUACCUGCUGGUGUACUCACAGAAGCAGCCCAAGAGCAGGGCUUCAAGCCAGCUCUCCUGGGUUUCCAGCCAUUGGUUUACGGUCAUGAUAACCCUGUAUCUGCUGCUGCUGCUCAUAGUGAGUGUCAUCAACUCCUCAGCUUUCCAACACUUUUGGAAUCGCGUGAAGAGAUGAUCUUUCUGGGCCUGGUGUGGGGACCACCGCAACCAUGUGCCUUAUGAUAACUUGUUCUGUCCCUCCCGGGCCUCACAUCCAGCCAGGUCAAGCCUGGGGGCCAGUUGGGGACCACAGGACAAUUUUUAUAUGCCAUAAAUGUAUCAAUUGCCUUUGAUGAUGCUCUCAGCCACACUAGUCAACGGAGGCUACUGGCCCCUCACUCUUAGGUUUUGGGGGAGAUUUCCUGUCUGCGCCUUCCUAAAUAGUCUUAGGGAGUUGGCUUUUUUGCCAGGGCCAAAGGAGAAAGUCCUGCUGCAUUUAAAAACAAAGUGUCCAAGCUGUCAGUGGGGUGUUUACAACUGCUUCUGGCGGACUUUGGCCCUUCUCUAACGCCUUCUGGAAGGCGGAAAUGUGUAGUAGGGACUAUAAAUCACUGGGCGUUUGCCUUGUUUUGACUUGAGAUACCCUAGAGGAACAGUCAUGUUUCCCAUAAAAAUCGGUGGGAUUGUUUUGAAUUCCAUCAGCCUUUGUAUGUGAGUGCAAAACACUUCCACAGUUUUCUCACAUCAACAGAUAGCCUUCUGCUACAGCUGUAACCCCUCUGCCCUAACCAUGGAUGAGAAAGGAAGGAGUCAGAGAACUGAUAGAAAACAAAGAGCAACUCAAG